GCAUCAGUUGACAGGCCAUAAAGUGGCUGUGAAGAUCCUGAACAGACAGAAGAUCCGUAGUCUCGAUGUUGUGGGGAAGAUCAAACGAGAGAUCCAGAAUCUUAAGCUGUUCAGACACCCACACAUCAUCAAGCUGUGGAGGACACUGAAGCACGCCGCCUCUUCCAGCAGAUUAUCUCAGCUGUAGACUACUGUCACCGGCACAUGGUGGUCCACAGAGACCUCAAACCUGAGAAUGUCCUAUUGGAUGCCAAUAAGAAUGCAAAGAUAGCAGACUUUGGACUGUCAAACAUGAUGUCAGAUGGAGAAUUCCUACGAACUAGCUGUGGCUCACCCAACUAUGCAGCUCCAGAAGUCAUCUCAGGAAGACUCUACGCAGGCCCAGAAGUUGACAUCUGGAGCUGUGGUGUGAUUCUGUAUGCCCUGCUGUGUGGCACCCUGCCCUUUGAUGAUGAGCAUGUCCCCACACUGUUUAAGAAGAUCAGAGGAGGUGUCUUUUACAUCCCAGAGUACCUGACCCGCUCUGUGGCCUCGUUGCUGAUGCUAAUGCUGCAGGUGGAUCCUUUGAAGAGAGCCACCAUUAAAGACAUCAGGGAACACGAAUGGUUUAAGCAGGACCUACCAGGCUACCUUUUCCCAGAGGAUCCGUCAUAUGAUGCAACUGUUCUGGAUGAAGAGGCUGUCAGGGAAGUGUGCGAGAAGUUUGAAUGCACUGAAUCUGAGGUUGUGACCAGCCUGUACAGUGGAGAUCCACAGGAUCAGUUAGCCGUAGCCUAUCACCUCAUCAUAGAUAACAGGCGCAUCAUGACCCAGGCCAGUGAAUUCUAUUUGGCGUCCAGUCCUCCACAGGGCUCCUUUAUAGAGGAGGGAAUGCCGUUACCCCCUGGAGUUAAACCUCACCCAGAGAGGAUGCCUCCGCUCUUGGCUGACAGCCCAAAGUCUCGUUGUCCUCUGGAUGCUCUCAACACCACUCGGCCUAAACCGCUGGCAGUGAAGAAGGCUAAGUGGCACCUGGGUAUCAGGAGUCAGAGCAGACCCUAUGAUAUCAUGGCUGAGGUGUACAGAGCUAUGAAGCAACUCAACUUUGACUGGAAGGUGGUGAACCCAUACCAUUUGCGAGUGCGAAGGAAGAAUCCAGUGACAGGCAACUUGGUGAAAAUGAGCCUGCAGCUCUAUCAAGUGGACAACAGGUCCUACCUCCUUGACUUCAAGAGCAUUGAUGAUGACAUCAUCGAGGCAGUGGGCUUUAAAUCGGGCUCAUCCACUCCUCAGAGGUCAGGUUCCACAGCCGGUCUCCACAGGCCCAGACUGAGCAUUGACUCGGCAACCCCAGCGAUUGAUCUGCCCCAGCUCAGCUCCUCUCUCCCGGGAUCCCUGUCUGGUAGCUCCCAUCUACUCACCCCACGUCAGGGAUCACACACCAUGGACUUCUUUGAAAUGUGUGCCAGUCUGAUCACUACACUAGCACGCUGAGCCCUGCUGACUCCCUUAGGUCACUGUAACCUGGAUGUCAGUGGGGUUUUUAAGCUAAUCACAGAUCGAGGAUGUAGGGAGUGUAGAUGUUUGGAGUGACUUCUUCUUUCUGUCUCUUCUCCAUCUGUUCUGUUUUACUGGAUUGGGGGAAGCGAUUGGAAAUGUAAAUGGCAAGGCAGGUGUGGCAUUCGCCUCGGAUGAAGAGAGAGAGAAUGAGGAGGUAAAAUAGUGGGGCUUAUUGUUUCUUGUUUUGACAGUCACUGGGUCAAAGUCUUGAUGUCUUACACAUCAGGCUGCAGCUGAGGGGAAUCUAUGAAUUAGUCAGAAGCGAGUGGUCACAGUUCAGCAAAGGUCAAGCUCGCUGUCACUUCUCCCACAAACACCUUCAGCUGAUUAUCAGUUGCUGAAUUUCCUUCACCCACUGUACCACUGAUCAAAGGUCAGGUUUGCAUCUUGUCUUAAAUCUUCACUGAGGCAAAGUUGUUAAACUCGACAUUAGAGAGAGGAUCGCAAAAUGUAAAAUUCUAUUUAAGAUUUUUUAUUUAUAUUGUUUAUGAGGAAGAUUUUGUUAUCCUUGUAUUAUAUUUAUAUUACAAUCAUUAUGUAGCUGAAAAGUUUGACAGAGAAAUACCAAAUAAAGUACUUUAUACAUCUUUAAGAUGAAUAUUUUAGCUGUCAGACCCAUAUUUAUUUUUAAGAGGUUUUUUUAGGCAUUAUAGUUUUUUAAUUUAAUUACUACUUCAACAUAAUUUAAUUGAUUUUGAAUUGAUUGUAGAUGAGUAGUGAACCUCUUGAGACAGCGGGAUGAUAGAAUGAUGCUCUGCAUGACGCCGAGUAUGUGUUGCAUUGGUGUUGAAGACAGAUGCAGACCAUCUUACGAGAGUUUGGGGUUCUUUCAGGGGGAUAUCCAGAUAUAUUUCAAAGCAUUCAAUCACCCUGCUAUUUAAAGCAGCGUUUUAUACAUCACCCACAAAUAUGCAACACACCCACAGAUCCCUUUAUAUGUGAGUCCCUAAUGAAGACACUUUUGCUUAGUUAUCAUAGCUGUUCAGUUCAGUCACAUAUGCAGUAAGCUGAAUAAAGACAGGCAUUACAGCUGUUUUUAGGUUAAAAAAAUAACAUUUUGUUUUAUUAUUAUAUUAUUAAGCUUUUAAAUUAGGCAGAUACCCCUUAAUGUGAGAUAUUAAAACUAUUUUUAUUGGCUGGUGUGGCCAGUUAUUUUUUUCUAACUUGAUAAAGUACUUAAAUAAGCCAUUGAAUUUCAAAAUAGAAUGACACUGAGGAGGGCAAAAAAAAGAUGUGAGAUGGUAUGUAUCUGUUGCACAAGUGUAUAAGCCACAUGAACUUUUCUACAGUUGCCUUAAACAAUGCAACGCAUUAAUUGGUAUGGGGUGUGUGUUUGUGAGCUCAGAUAAGUAUGGUACUUGUUGUAUAUUUUCACUGACUUAACACUGGUGUGCUGAAAGGCUCUUCAGUAUAAUUGUGAUGUCUGGGAUCUCAGAGAGGUGACAGAAUCAGAAAAGUGAGUGGCGAGAGACAAACCGUGACGGUUUGGUGUGGUGCAGCUGUCUGAGCUGUUAUCUAUUUCAAUUAGCCAUUGCUGUCUGUUCAGUCUGCACUGUAAAACUCAUUUGCUGUGGCCGACAGUUUGCACACUUACUGUUUACUGCACCGCAGACUUUACUGUAACUGUUGUUGCUGGUUGCUGUUGAUGCACGCCACCGUUCUGUAAUGUCCUGUCAGAUUUCCAUAGUGAUGUUGUGUAUUGCUAUAGCCAGGCAUAACAUUAUAUCAGAAUCAUUUAUGACUGAAUGUAAAAUGAAAGCCGGUGCUGCUGAUGUAAAUCCUUUUCUCUCUUUCUCUCACUAUGUUCUUCUGGUUUUAAAACUGCUGUUUUGAAGGGGGGAUACCAGACUGUUGCCUUUCUACUGUUUGCAGUAAGACGUAGAAGUCAGUGGGACUGAGGCACUUACUUUUCUGCAGAGUGGCGUCACAGAGAUUUACAAAAAUGUAAAUACAGCCCUUAGAAGUACACACUGAUAUAAAUAAGUACAGUAAAAAACUAAAUAACUGAAACAAUAGAAGAUGAAUAAAGGUGCCACAGAAAAUGCACAUUUUUUUCAGUGUCCUAAAAAUUGCUGCCUUUUGGUUUCACGUUGGAUUCAAACACCCCGCUUUCCCAGAUCAAUAUCUCAGUGUCGGGUCACUUUUCUCACCUGGUUCUAAUUGCUAGUAGACCUAGGUCUAGUUGAACCAGUUAAAGCCACUUUCUGCUCCCUUGAAACCCUUUAUUUACAUGUUCUGUGUAUUUGUGCUGUCUGUAAGCUCAUACACUGCUCAUUGUUCUUUGUCAGGGAGAAAUUGUGUUCCCUGCUCCAAUGUGCUGCUGCAUACACACCUUUGUAAACACUGGUCCACAGUCUUUGUCAGCCAUCUAUUUUACACUAUUGCUGUGUCUUAAAUUACUUCUCUAUUGUGAGCAGCUUCAGUCACAUCAAUAUAAUAUAUGGGCCUUUAUGCUUUAAUUCCUGGUACUGAUGUUCCUAAAAAACACUUGCAAAAAUAUGUAUGAUUGAAGUGCACUAUCCAGCAGAAGUCAUGGGCGAGAUUUAAAAACUCCUCUGAAAUAACCAGUGUUUACUGUCAGGUGUAGUCUACCAUCACAACUGUAUGCAAAUACCAGUGGCAUGAUAGUCAUGUAAACUAAUUUGUGUUUAGAGCCAGAAGAAAUGCUAAAGGGCCUAAUUAAAUACAAAUUUCACAUGUUGUACCAAAGUGAGUAUUUUCUGUAGUGGGGUUCUUAUGAUCAGUGUAACCCUAAAUACCCCCGUUUGUGUGCAUGCGUGCGAGUGUGUGUGUGUGUUUGUUAGGUAUGUGGGUGCACGCUGGUUGUUGUGAUUGCGUGUAUGCGUGCGUGUUUAAACUGUCUCUAUAUGUCUUUCUGUCUGAUUGGGGUUUGGAUUUCUCUUGUUAUGCAUUGCAUGAUAUUGCUGUAUUGAUUUGCACUUUAAUGAAUAUUUAUUGAAAAAAAAAAUAAACAU